AUGUUUUGCUUUUGCAAGUGCAAAUUCGGAUGUCUUACCAUGACGAGUGCCAUUUUUGUUGCAAUGGCGUUAAAGCUACUACCUGAUAAUGAAGUAUGGUCUAUAUGGGGAUAAAAUGGUUCACUGAUCUAAUAAUAUCAACUCUACAUUAUGCUUGCUUGUGCUGGUCUAGCUCUAUUUACUGGGAUUCAAGGAGCUAUUAUGUCAAGAAUGUAUUUCGCAUAAUGUGUUUGCAUUUUUGCUGUCUUAUCACUGGGUGUGGGUUUAUUAUUUUGUGCUGUCGGUGCCUACUUUUUUGGAAUGUAUUUUGCUACUAGCACUUUGUUAGACACAUUCUGUGCUGGUAAAGCAUCAUCUGUAUAAACAGUCAGAGAUUACUAAGUACUAACUUUGGAUUAUUACAUGCUUGCAAAUCUUUAUGUGACUAAUUAUAUGUGCUCAAGUGUUUGCCCAUGUAUAUCAUACAGUCAACUUGAUCCAAAGAAAUGGGGAAAUAAUGCAGCUGCACUAAAGAAUAAUUAUGUCUAUACUGGAACUUACACUAGUUUUUAUAACUGCUUGCUUGAUUUGCAGACUAAAGAGCUAGUUCAAGAGAUACCUUCUGAUACUUUACAAUACAUAAUUGAUAAAGAGAGCGAAAAUAGUUGUGGGGGAGUAUGUGAAGAACUUCCAAUGUUUUAUUUCUUUAAACCCAUUACAGAUGGCCAACCUCCUAAUUCCUGCAAGGAGUAUGUUUUAAAAGAUCUCUAAAUUGCUUACUUGCUAUAUGGAUCGGUUUUCUUAUUUGGAGGUAUCUUACUUAUGAUAGGAUUUAAUGUGUAAUAUGGAAUGUGGGGAAGGAAUUUGCAGAAGAAAAUGGAAAAAACGAAAGGCGAUAAAAGUAGCUCAAAUAAGUAUGAUACGGAAAAUGAUAAAGCUAUUAGAAGAUGGAAAUGA